AUGUCAACAAAUAGUGAACGAUAUAUUAAAAAAAGAAAAGAAAAUAGUGAACUAGAUAUUAAAAGAAAUGGAAAUAGUGAGCGAGAUAUUAAAAGAAGAAAAGGAAAUAAUAAAAACAAAACCAAUAAUCGAAGUAACAAAUGUUACAACUGUGGAGUAGCAGGCCAUUUUGCUCGUGAUUGCACAAGCGAUGGAUCACGAAAGCCUCAGGAGACGAUACUCAAACUUCGACCUAGUCCACAUGAGAUUGAAAAAGACCAGCUUAAAACAUUAUCCGAUAAUUUUAAUUCAGCUGAAUUAUCUUAUGGAGGAUCAGAUAAAGUCGUUUUCACUCCAUUAGGAGAUGAAUUCAAAUAUGCAUGGAAGAGAUUUAUGAAAAAAGAAUUAGUGCAUCAACACAAAAUGAGGCACUUUAUUACAUCAUGCCUUGCAGCAAUAGACAAGCAGCAAAAUGAUGAAGUUGAAGAGCUUGUAACCGAGUUAGGUCAGCCUGAAGGUUUGGAGCGUAUAAGAGAAAUCGUCAUGUUUCCCAUGUCCGUGGAUGCGGGACUUAGUGGAUCAAUUGCUUCUUUUCAACGUGUGAUAUUGCCAUUCAUGGCGCUUUUAACUCGCACUAGAAUUACAGAAUGCAUUGUAGAGAAAUAUGUUAAUGCAAUAUUUUAUAUUAUCUAUUCAAAUCUGGAUUCAUUUAUGUAUGAUGGAGUUAUUGAUAAGCUAGAUAUUCUAGUUAAAAGAAAUGAUAUUGUUGAUAAAAAAAUUAACCAAUCUAAGUUGAUUGAAGAUGAUGCAACCGCAUUCAUACCUACCUCAUUAUGCAAUGUUUUUAUGAAGCGUAUAAAGGAAACGUCGACUAACGAAACGAUGUACAAAAUUGUAGAGAAAAUUGAACAAACUAAAAAAUUGUGGCAAAAUACUCUUCAACAAGAUAUUGGAAGUACAUAUAAUGAACCACUUGCCUCUAAUGUUGUGCGUAGGGAAUAUUUUUUUACAAUCCUUGAUAAGGAAAUAGACAACAUGAAAAAAGUGUUGAAUUAUCAUCGACGUAACUUGUUAUCUCAAAAAACAAAGCCUAAUAAACCCAAUAAACACGAAAAACUGGCAAAAAAAGUUGCUUUGAUGCUUGAUUACGAUCCACCAGGUGAACUUUCCAAAAAUGGACCACGCCAUGAUAAUGAUUUUAGUGAAAUAUCAAAAAUUUCAAUUAUUCCAACUAAGAAUGAAAUAUUAUGCGAUCGAUAUCCAUUUUUACCAACAACGAAUAUGGAUGACGCCUUGCAUCAUCUACCAAAGGGUGCAGAGCGCCUUCUUGACACACAGUUUCGUCUUCUCAGAGAAGAUAUGAUGUGUCCUAUACGCCUUGGCAUUGAAAAUUUCAUUAAAUUUAUCUCGGAAUCAGCCAAAAAUCACGCAAAAAUCAAAAGAUUACAAGAGCAUGGUGGAAGGCACAAGUAUGAAGACAAAGAAGGCAUGGAAGGAGGCGACUUAAAUGUAUAUGCAAAUGUUCAUUUUUCUGAUAUAAAAUUCAAUCAAAGGCAAGGCUUUUCUUGUCAAAUGAGUUUCACACAACCUCCAAUGCGACGACAUUCAGGAAGUAAACAAGACCGAUUACAAUAUUGGAAAAAAAGUGGAAAACUCAUGAAUGGAAGUUUAGUUUGUUUGCUUUGGCCAUCAGGAAAUAAUUCACCUAAUAGUGGCCUUCAAUUUUCUUUGUUCUUUGGAACAGUAUCGUUUCGUGAUGAAAAUUUAUUGUCGCAAGAUCAACAAAUAGCACUAAUUGAUAUCAGUUUUAUUGAUAGCCGGACUUAUCAAAUUGCUUUAGAAGAAAUUAAGAGAAAAAAUUUUAGUAAACAGACGGCUGGAUGCUUUAUGGUUGAAUCUACAGGAGUGUACUUUGAGUCGUAUUACCAUAUUUUAAAAGCUCUUCAAACAACAUUACCAUCAAAUAUUCCUUUUGAAAAAUAUUUGGCACCGCAAAUAACCGAAACUUCCUCUUUUGCUGUUGUUGAUCCACCUAUAUAUACUCGUGCACCUGAAUUUGUGUUCGAUUUAUCAGUACUACUUAAAGAUAAAAAUAAACGGCUUUUACUAAAUGUUGCUGACACAUCUUCUCAUGAAAUUGUUAUUCAAAAUCUUCAAAAAUUAAGUACACUCGAUGAUACUCAAGCGAAAUCACUUGUAUAUUCUUUAUGUCGAGAAGUUGCCCUAAUUGAAGGACCUCCUGGAACUGGCAAAACUUUCGUUGGUGUUGAAAUAAUGAAAGUGUUGCUAGCAAAUAAGAAUACUACAAAAAUAGGUCCAAUAUUGGCAAUUUGUUUUACUAAUCAUGCAUUAGACCAGUUUCUUGAGAACUUAUUAAAUGCUGGUGUUGAAAAAAUUGUACGAUUAGGCGGCAGAUCAAAGUCUGAAACUAUUAAGCGUUUCAAUAUAGAAGAACUAUGCCAAAAACGUGAUCGUUCCAGAGGUCAAAAAAGUAUGUUGCAUGAAGGAUAUGGAGAGCUUGGAAGAAUUGAAAACGAAGCCGAAAAAAUACGAGAUAGUUUUUCUCGCAGAUGGUUAAAUUGGGAUAAUAUUGCUAGUUAUUUGUUUGAAGAAUACCCAGACCACUUGAAAAAGUUUCAAAAUCCGGAUAUACCAAAUAUUUUACUCGAUAAUAAAAAUGAAUUGCAGAUAGUAGACAAGGACAAGAAUAGGAAGGAUAAGCAGGCAAUAUUCGACCAAUGGAUUAAUGGAAGUGAUUUGGACCUUGCACAGAAAUGGGUUAAGAAUUUUCAAAUUCAAGAAACUAAAAGUAAUAUGAAAGCUAAUGAAGCUAAUGUUAACUCAUUUAAAGUUCUUGGACAUAUUAAUAACGAAUAUUCUACCGAAUAUAUGGAAGAUAUUGAGUAUUCUAAAAUUGAACGCAAUAUGGAAGCCAAUGAAGCUAAUAUUAAUACACCAGAAACGCUUGAAAAUAUUGAAGAUUCUAAAGAUUCUAAAGAAUUUAUACGAAAUUGGCUUCUUUCUUGGGUUGAACCCGAAGGUAAUCGACCUUUGGAGGACAUAAAAUAUGAUCCUAAUGUAUGGCAAAUGUCUAAGGGCGAAAGAAUAAGAUUGCACGAUUUUUGGAAGGAAAACGUUCAGUCAGAUUAUCUUGAAGAUCUCGUCAAAAUCAAAGGACAAUACGAAGAGAAAAAAAAUGCCAUUGAUAAAAUUUACGAUGAAAAUCGUCGUCAAUUUCUUCGUGAUUGUGAUGUAAUUGGGAUGACAACAAAUGGAGCAGCAAAAUUUCAAACUUUAAUUCGCUCUAUUGGACCACGUAUAAUUAUCUGUGAAGAAGCAGGCGAAGUCCUAGAGGCACAUAUUUUGAGUUCACUAACGCCAGAGACGCAGCAUAUGAUCCUGAUCGGUGAUCAUAAUCAGCUUCGUCCUCAUUGCGCCACAUACUCUUUAACAUGUGAUUCAAAAAUUGGAUGCAAUUACGCUCUUGAUAAAAGUCUAUUUGAACGUCUUGUUAAUGGUGAUCAGGCAAUGCGUCUAAAAAAGUCGAAAUUAUGCACACAAAGGAGAAUGAGAGGAGAAAUUUCCGACUUAAUCCGAUACACACUUUAUAAAGAACUUGUUGAUGAUGAAAAUACUGUCAAAUAUCCAGACGUAUGUGGUGCUCAGAGAAAUGUUUAUUUUAUGGAUCAUCAUCAUCCUGAAGAUUCCAGUGAAAAUGACUUUGCAUUGAACUCUCAUUCAAAUACUUUUGAAGUUAAAAUGGUAAUAGGACUUGUGAAGCAUUUUGUUCGUAAUGGAUACAAUAAACCAGGUCAAAUCGCGGUAUUAACCCCAUAUCUUGGACAGCUCAUUAAAAUAAGAGAUAUGCUAUCAAAUUCAUAUGUUGUGGUAAUUGACGAACGGGAUGAUCAAUUGAUUACUAGUAUGGAGGAAAGCAUAGAUGGUGGAAAUAAAAAUUCCGAUAGCGGAUCAGUGUCUUCUAUUGAAAAUAUAAAUAGUGUAGCUGAAAAGAAAAAAUUGUCACAACAGGUUGUUCUUCGUACAGUUGACAACUUUCAAGGAGAAGAAGCAGAUAUAGUGAUUAUAUCACUUGUUCGUAAUACAAGAAAGGAGAGUGAUCAUGGGAAUAUUGGCUUUUUGAAGUCAACAAAUCGCUCUAAUGUUCUUUUAUCUCGUGCAAAACAUGGCAUGUUUCUUUUGGGCAAUGCAGAUCUUAUGGUAAGGCAUUCGGAUUUUUGGAAGAAAGUUUUGGAAAUUUUACGCAAACGUGGUCAGGUUGGGCCAGGAUUCCCGAUUGUAUGUUCUCGACAUCCAGAAUGUAAGAGCAACAUAUAUGAUGCAAGCGAAUUCGACAAAAUUUCUCCUGAAGGAGGUCGCCGACUGUUAAAAUGUGGGCAUACAUGCCCAUAUAGGUGUCAUUUAGAUGAUACACGACAUAUUGGUGUUUUUUGCCAAAAAGCUUGUAUAAGAUUAUAUCCAGACUGUCAACAUCCUUGUAGAAAUAAAAUGUGUGGGGAAGAUUGUGGUGAUUGCCUUUUUCCAAUUGGAAGCAUUACAUUGCCGUGCAGACACAAAUAUGAAAAUGCCAAGUGUCACCAUAAUAAAAAUAUAGAUAAAGUACUUUGCAAUGAAAAAGUGCUAAGGAAAUUGCCUAAUUGUGAACAUGAACAUUUAAUGAAGGGUACUUGUAACUUGCCAUGUGGCGUACCUUGCAACCGACUUCCAUGUAAUUUGCGAUGUGAAAAAUUGUUGAACUGUGGGCAUCAAUGUUUUGGCAUCUGUGGCGAGAAAUGUCCGCCAUCACAAUAUUGUGCAGAGUGCACUACAGAUGAUAAUGUCAAAAAUCAAGUUGUUGAUUUGAUUAUGCAAGAAACCUUUGCAGAAGUAGAUUGGACUUCCGAGAGAAUGAUCGUCUUAGAUUGUGGUCAUGUCUACACAGCAGACAGCCUCGAUCAUCUGAUGGAAAUGAAUGAAUAUUAUGAAAAGGACGAUAAAAACGACAAAUGGAUCCAGAUUAAAACAAUUACUUCUCAACCAAGUGAUCCUAAAAGUUGUCCACAAUGCCGUACUCCCAUUAAAAAUAUUUAUCGUUAUGGAAGAGCAACAAAAAAAAAUGGGUUGGAUGUUCAAACCAAAAAAUUCUUGGUGAAAUACGAUAAUCAACUAAAAAAGCUAAAUAAAGAUAUAACAAGUGCUACAAAACUACUAGAAAAUAAACGAAAAGAAUUAUUAAAAGAAAUUCAAAAACCGUUGAAAGAUAAAGAAACGAAAAUUAUAGAAAAAGAUUCAGUGUUGCAGAAACUUCCGGAAAUUAUAUCAACAGAGCAAUAUAUAUUUCUUGAAAAAUAUUCUAUUCCAUUAAUGUAUAAAGAGAGAUGGAAGCAACAUAUAUCCGUACUUCUCGCCAUAUAUCAAAAGUUGAUGCAAAUAAUGUUGGCAACAAAAUCUCCUCCGCAUAAACUUGCAUACGAGGCUGCAGUAUCUCUUCUGUAUGAGCACAAAGCUCGAAUUAAUAUAUGUGAUUUCGGCAAAAAUUUCAUGUCUUUGGAUAAUUCAAAUUAUGACUCUCCUGUUCAUCAACAUAUUAAGCUUCAAGAAACUUUGGCGGAUGUUGGGUUAAGUGCUCCAAAAGUGGAUGUCAAAAUAUAUCUUGAUGCAUUUUUGGAAAUAGUUAAUAUUCAAAAAGUUAUUUUUCAUGAGUUGACAAAAAUAGCAGAAACCCAAAAACAAACUUCUUAUGAAAAAAAUUGGGUUAAGUUUAGCGAAGAUAUAAUCGGAACAAUUAAAAAACAUCUUGAUAUUAUAAUUACGACAGCUAAACAAAAUAGUUAUCUUCGUCACGAUAUUCUGUCGUCGUUGGAGUUAGCGGAAGUUGAAUGUAAAACUGAACGAUUUAGGCUCAAAUAUACACCUACAGGCCAAGUAACUCCCAUUAUUCGACGGUCUGUCAAAAAUAAAUGUUCUGAAAUUGAAAGGACAUGUGAAAAUAUUUGGAAUAAAAAGCUUCCUAUAAUGAGUGCUGAAAAUUUUGAAGAGCAAUGUAAGUUAAGAAUUAAUAAAAUUCGUCGAGAGGUUUCGGACCUUCGAGAUGCAGCUAUGAAGGAUAGACCUUUGACACGUGAAGAAAAGCUGGAAAUAAGUAGAGCAAUGAAUAGCGAAUUUCAGGGAUCAGGACAUUGGUAUCAAUGUCCAAACGGCCAUCCUUAUACAAUUGGUGAAUGCGGAGGUGCCAUGCAAGCUAGCCGGUAA